GAGAGCUACAUGGCGAGACGAGCGACGGCUGAGGGGACAUUUUCGGCGAAGAUAAUUACCGUUCGCGCAGAGACAGGAAUAACCGCCGGGCUUUCAUUCUGACUCAUUUUCUGUAUGGAAGACCGAACACAGCGGUGGAAACCGAAGGUGAGACGGGCUAACCGGGAUUGACCGUCACUCAGGCUCGAGCAGGCAGAGGCUUGGCCAUGCCCCCGGUGUGACAGUAGGUUAGCUGGUCCGGCUGCAGGAGCAGGAUGUCAAUAUGGCCGCCCAGCUGCUCGUUCCUCCCGGACCUGACAGCUUCCGGCCCUUCAUUCCCGAAUCCCUCGCUGCCAUCGAGCGGCGCAUCGCAGAGGAGGCGGCCCACCGUCCCAAAGGAGAGAGGCGCAGUGAUGAAGACGACGAGAAUGGGCCCAAGCCCAAUAGUGACCUGGAGGCGGGGAAAUCCCUGCCCUUCAUCUACGGGGACAUCCCAUCGGGCUUGGUGUCUGUCCCUCUGGAGGACCUGGACACCUACUACCACGACCAGAGAACCUUUAUAGUAUUGAACCGUGGGAAGGCUAUAUUCCGCUUCAACGCCACGCCUGCCCUCUACAUCCUCAGUCCCUUCAACCCUCUGAGGAGAGCCGCCAUUAAAGUGCUGGUGCAUUCGAUGUUCAGUUUCGUGAUCAUGUGCACCAUUUUGACCAACUGCGCCUUCAUGACGCUCAGCAACCCUCCAGAAUGGGCCAAGAAUGUGGAGUACACAUUCACAGGGAUCUACACAUUUGAGUCUCUGAUUAAGAUCCUGGCCCGGGGAUUCUGUGUGGGGAAUUUCACGUUCCUGCGAGACCCCUGGAACUGGCUGGACUUCAGCGUCAUCGUCAUGGCGUAUGUAACUGAGUUUGUAAACCUAGGCAAUGUGUCAGCUCUCCGCACUUUCAGAGUGCUCAGAGCAUUGAAAACAAUCUCAGUUAUCCCAGGCCUGAAGACCAUCGUGGGCGCUCUCAUCCAGUCAGUGAAGAAACUGUCGGACGUGAUGAUCCUAACUGUCUUCUGCCUGAGUGUGUUUGCACUAAUUGGCCUGCAGCUGUUCAUGGGGAACCUGCGGCAGAAGUGUGUGAGGAUGCCGCAGUCCAACGGCACUGAGGGCCUGGCCAACAGCAGCCUGACCGCAGCAUUCAACCUCAGCGCAGACAAAGGGCUGAAUACCUUUAACUGGACUCAGUACAUUCUCGAUGAGAGUAAUUAUUAUUUCCUCCCCAACCGCCGAGAUGCUUUACUGUGUGGGAAUGCUAGCGAUGCAGGGCAGUGUCCAGAAGGUUUUCAGUGCAUAAAGGCUGGACGUAACCCUGACUACGGCUACACAAGCUUCGACACGUUCAGCUGGGCCUUCCUCUCCCUCUUCCGCCUUAUGACACAGGACUUCUGGGAGAAUCUCUACCAGCAGACUCUUCGUGCUGCUGGAAAGCCCUACAUGGUGUUCUUUGUGCUGGUGAUUUUCCUGGGCUCCUUCUACCUGGUCAAUCUAAUCCUGGCUGUGGUGGCAAUGGCUUACGAUGAGCAAAACCAGGCUACCAUUGAGGAGGCCCAACAGAAAGAGGAGGAGUUCCAGGCCAUGUUGGAGCAGCUAAAAAGACAGCAGGAGGAGGCACAGGUUGCCGCGGCAGCAGCGACAGAGAGCGGCGAGUACAGCGGGAGGGGCGGGUUGUCGGAGGAGAGUUCCUCUGGGGGGUCCAGACUCAGCUCCAAGAGCGCCAAGGAGCGGCGGAAUAGGCGUAAAAAAAGAAAACAAAAGGAGGAGGAAGAGGAGAAGGCAGACCAGGAGAAGUUCCACAAAUCGGAGUCGGAAGACAGCAUCAGGCGAUCGGGAUUUCGCUUCUCCAUAGAUGCUAACAGACUCUCCUACGAGAAGAAGUGCUCCACCCCAAACCAGUCUCUCCUCAGUAUCCGAGGUUCUCUGUUCUCUCCGAGGAGGAACAGUCGUGCCAGUUUGUUCAGCUUUCGCGGUCGAGCGCGAGACUUCGGCUCAGAGAAUGAUUUUGCAGAUGAUGAGCACAGUACAUUUGAGGACAGUGACAGUCGUCGAGGAUCGCUCUUUGUGCCACGGCGCAUCGAGAGGAGAAACUCGACCGUCAGUCAGUGCAGCCUCGGUGCCCCCCGGAUCGUGCUCCCAGCCAAUGGGAAGAUGCACUGCACAGUGGACUGCAAUGGAGUGGUUUCUUUGGUGGGUGGGACGUCUGUGCCUACAUCACCGAUUGGCCGGUUGCUUCCUGAGGGCACAACUACAGAGUCUGAAGCCCGUAAGAAACGGUCAGGGUCACAUCAGGCCUCUGAUUACCUGGAUGAUGCGGUGGCAAGAAAAAGAGCUAUGAGUGUGGCCAGUAUUCUCACAAACACCAUGGAGGAGCUAGAGGAGUCCAGGCAGAAGUGUCCUCCAUGCUGGUACAAAUUUGCCAACACCUUCCUGAUCUGGGACUGCUGUCCACUUUGGCUGAAGGUGAAGCAGAUUGUGAGCUUGGUGGUGAUGGACCCGUUUGUAGACUUGGCUAUCACCAUCUGCAUCGUCCUCAACACGCUCUUCAUGGCCAUGGAACACUACCCCAUGACCAAAGAGUUCAACGAUGUGCUCUCUGUUGGAAACCUGGUGUUCACAGGGAUCUUCACAGCUGAGAUGUGUCUGAAGGUCAUUGCCCUGGACCCUUACUACUACUUUCAGGAGGGCUGGAACAUAUUUGAUGGCAUCAUUGUGAGCUUAAGCUUGAUGGAGCUGGGCCUGGCCAAUGUGGAGGGUCUGUCUGUGCUCAGGUCAUUCAGAUUGCUGAGAGUGUUCAAACUGGCCAAGUCAUGGCCCACUCUAAACAUGCUGAUCAAGAUCAUCGGGAACUCAGUUGGCGCCCUGGGCAAUCUGACCCUCGUCCUGGCCAUCAUCGUCUUCAUCUUUGCUGUGGUAGGCAUGCAGCUGUUUGGGAAAAGCUAUCGUGAAUGUGUGUGUAAGAUCUCGGAGGACUGUGAGCUGCCGCGCUGGCACAUGGUGGACUUCUUCCACUCCUUCCUGAUCGUGUUCCGUGUGCUGUGUGGAGAAUGGAUCGAGACUAUGUGGGACUGCAUGGAGGUGGCCGGCCAGACCAUGUGCCUCAUCGUUUUCAUGCUGGUCAUGGUGAUCGGCAACCUGGUGGUACUAAACCUCUUCCUGGCCCUGCUGCUGAGCUCUUUCAGUGCUGACAACCUGGCUGCCACAGACGACGACAGCGAGAUGAACAACCUGCAGAUCGCCGUAGGCCGCAUCCAGAAGGGCAUCGCCCUGAUCAAGUCGGUCCUUCAGCAGUUCUUCCAGAGCCUGUUCCUGGCCGGUGGCAAGCCCGGGGCCCUGGAUGAGGAGAAGCCCUUGGAUGACCUUCACAGCGACGGCAAAGAGAACUGCCUGGCCAACCAUGCUCCAGUGGCUGUCGACCUAGGCAAGGACUUCCUCAAGGAGGGCUGUGUGUCCCCUGGAAACGGGGUCGAAGGUCACGUGAAGUACGGCAUUGAGGAAGGGGACUACAUGUCGUUUAUCCACAACCCCAGUCUCACUGUUACCGUGCCCAUCGCGGUGGGAGAGUCGGACUUUGAGAAUCUGAAUACUGAAGAUUUCAGCAGCGAUUCAUCCGAUGUGGAGGGCAGCAAAGAGAAGCUUCCCGUGGACACGGUACUCAGCUCGUCCGAAGGAAGCACAGUGGACAUCCGACCCCCCGGAGAGGGGGCCGAAUCAGUAGAGCUAGAGCCAGAAGAGUCACUGGACCCAGAGGACUGCUUCACUGAAGGCUGUGUGAUGAGGUUUCAGUGUUGUCAGGUGGACGUAGAGAAGGGAAGAUGGAGGAGCUGGUGGACUCUGAGGAAGACAUGCUUUGUCAUUGUCGAGCACAACUGGUUCGAGUCCUUCAUCAUUUUCAUGAUCCUCCUAAGCAGUGGAGCUCUGGCGUUUGAGGAUAUCUACAUAGAGCAGCGAAAGACAAUAAAAACAGUGCUGGAAUAUGCUGACAAAGUUUUCACCUAUGUCUUCAUCCUGGAGAUGUUGCUGAAAUGGGUGGCGUAUGGCUUCGUCAAAUACUUCACCAAUGCCUGGUGCUGGCUCGACUUCCUUAUUGUAGAUGUGUCUUUGGUCAGUCUGAUUGCCACUGCUUUAGGUUACUCUGAGUUAAGUGCCAUUAAAUCACUGAGGACCUUACGUGCCCUGAGACCACUAAGAGCAUUGUCACGCUUCGAGGGCAUGAGGGUUGUAGUGAACGCUCUGCUGGGUGCCAUUCCCUCCAUCAUGAACGUGCUGCUGGUGUGUCUGAUCUUCUGGCUCAUCUUCAGCAUCAUGGGCGUCAACCUAUUUGCUGGCAAAUACUAUCACUGCGUCAACAGCACCACGGAUGAACUCUUCCCCAUUGAUAUGGUCAACAACAAGUCUGAGUGCAUGGCCCUCAAUGACAGCGCUCGCUGGAAAAAUGUCAAGAUCAACUUCGACAACGUGGGAGCUGGGUACCUGGCCCUACUGCAAGUGGCUACUUUUAAAGGUUGGAUGGACAUCAUGUAUGCAGCAGUAGACUCUCGGAAUGUGGAAGAGCAGCCAGACUAUGAAGUGAACCUCUACAUGUAUCUGUAUUUUGUCAUCUUCAUCAUCUUUGGAUCCUUCUUCACACUGAACCUCUUCAUUGGUGUUAUCAUCGAUAACUUCAACCAGCAGAAGAAAAAGUUGGGAGGUCAGGAUAUCUUCAUGACAGAAGAACAGAAGAAAUACUACAAUGCCAUGAAGAAGCUAGGCUCAAAGAAACCCCAGAAGCCUAUCCCCAGACCUACAAACAAGUUCCAGGGCCUUAUCUUUGAUUUGAUCACCAAACAAGCCUUUGACAUCAUCAUUAUGAUCCUGAUCUGCCUGAACAUGGUGACAAUGAUGGUGGAGACAGAUGACCAGACAAAAGAGAUGGACAAUAUCCUGUACUGGAUUAACCUGGUCUUCAUCGUGCUCUUCACUGGUGAAUGUGUGCUCAAGAUGGUUUCACUGCGACAUUACUUCUUCACCGUCGGCUGGAAUGUGUUCGACUUUGUGGUCGUGAUUCUGUCUAUUGUCGGUAUGUUCCUCUCUGAGGUAAUCGAGAAGUACUUUGUCUCUCCUACCUUAUUCCGAGUCAUCCGACUGGCUCGGAUCGGCCGCAUCCUCCGUCUCAUCAAGGGGGCCAAGGGUAUCCGUACGCUCUUGUUUGCCUUAAUGAUGUCCCUUCCUGCCCUUUUCAACAUCGGACUCCUCCUCUUCCUUGUCAUGUUUAUCUAUGCCAUCUUUGGCAUGUCCAACUUUGCCUAUGUGAAGCAUGAAGCUGGCAUCGACGACAUGUUUAACUUUGAGACGUUUGGCAACUCCAUGCUGUGCCUCUUCCAGAUCACCACGUCAGCCGGCUGGGACGGCCUGCUGGCGCCCAUCCUGAACAAACACGAGCCUGACUGCAACAAUAAGGCCGAACACCCUGGCAAUUCAUAUCGUGGUGACUGCGGCAACCCCUCGGUGGGCAUCUUCUUCUUCGUCAGCUACAUCAUCAUCUGCUUCUUGAUUGUGGUCAACAUGUACAUUGCCGUCAUCCUGGAGAACUUCAGUGUGGCUACGGAGGAGAGUGCAGAGCCACUGAGCGAGGAUGACUUUGAGAUGUUCUAUGAGGUGUGGGAGCGCUUCGACCCCAACGCCACACAGUUUGUGGAGUACGACAAGCUGUCUGACUUUGCCGACUCCCUGGACCCGCCGCUGCGCAUCCCCAAACCCAACAAGAUCCAACUGAUUGCCAUGGAUCUGCCCAUGGUCAGCGGGGACCGCAUCCACUGCCUGGACAUCCUGUUUGCUUUCACCCUGCGAGUGCUGGGGGAGGAGGGUGAGAUGGACGCACUGCGUGGCCAGAUGGAGGAGCGUUUCAUGGCAUCUAACCCCUCCAAGGUGUCCUACGAGCCCAUCACCACCACGCUGCGCCGCAAACAGGAGGAGAUGUCAGCCAUUGUCAUCCAGAGAGCCUUCCGGCGCUACCGAAUCCGGCUCACCGUAAAAAAGGCCUCAGACAUGUACCGGCAGAGGCUGAAGGACGGCGGCGAGCACCCCCCCGAGAAGGAGGUGCUUGUGAUUGGCAAGUUCCAUGAGAACUCAGCAUCUGACAAGACAGACAUGACCCCGUCCUCUGCCUCGCCGCCCUCCUACAACAGCGUGGCCAAGUCGGAGAAGGACAAGUAUGAGAAGGAGAGGCGCGAGAAGGAGGACAAUGUGAAAGACAAUGCACGCGAGAGGAAGAAAUGAAAGGCCUUCGAGAGGUUCGCACACAAGCGAAGGGAAAGACCAAAAGGGGGGACUUUGCCGUUUCAAUGAGACACUGUUUACAGAUCCAAUGGAGAAAAGGGGUGUGGACUUCCUUGCAAGGUUUUGGGACCCAUGCCAAACAGAGCGUGUGUGUGUGUGUUUGUGAUGGAUGUGUGUGUGUGUGUGUGCACAGAGACGGACUAGUGCGUCUGUAAUGACAAGGUUCAUAUAAGGACAUGGACACACAAACACAUGCUUUGCACACUAACGAGUGUGACUGUGACUGUUAAGAAGGACAGUGAUAUGAAACAGAAUGGUGUAGAGCGAAGGUGGUGGGUUUGUCUUUUCAUUUCGAGUGUUGUGAAACAAUCCUGAGGACUAUAGGAAACUGUUACACGGUCAUCAGUAGCUAGUACUGCCACUACCACUGGUGUCCUUUGAAUUGAAUAGCGUAUUAUUAUAUACCUGCACAUUUUUGUUACAUUAGCUCAUUUUUUUAAAAAAAACACCAUGUUGAAUUUUUCUAGUCAUAAGUUUGAUUGUGUGAACUUUCAUCAAAGGACAAAUCUGUGGGGGAUAGGGAGAUGUGGUGGUGUUGAACUUUGAUAAAGGCAUGUGAUGGUCCAUUUUUACCAUAUUACACAUGAUAUCAAUUACAUGUGGAACAAAAAUUUAAAGAUGGGAACCUCUGUCGGUUCACUCUGGAGGUUCUACAAUCUCCUCAUUGUGAGCACAACAUGGUUUUGAGGUUCAGGAGAUUCACUGCCUCUGGGAUAGCGGGAAUGUUUUACAUAAUCAUAGCUAGACAUGUAUUGCUGCGCUGCCUUAUUUAACAAAAAAAAAAAGACAAAAAAAUAUGUAACACGAUUUUAGAGUAUGUGAGUGAAGCUCAAAUCUCAAGUUCCGAGUCAGCAACGUAAAUGUCUCACUAUGGUGGUCGAAACCCCCCUAAGAACAAACUGCAGUUUGAGCAUAUGGGGGAACGUUGAUGACGAGACCACAUUCCCUCCUCUUCCUGGUUAGUGUAUGAUCAGCAGACUCAUGCAAGCCUGAAUGUCCACUCCUGUGAAAGAAAUGUCCACUGAACAAAAUCCCUGGACCAGGUUCCCCAAAGAUCAUUUUAACUGCUACAGAGAGAGAGAGAGAGAGAGAGAGAGAGAGAGCUCAAAAGGUGUUCUUUCUCUCUACCACCUUAAAAUGAUCUCAGUGCUGCAGUGCUUUCGGGAGCCCAUGUCCACAACAGUAAUGUAACCUUACUGAAUGUCUCUCUUGCAAGACCUCUUAGUCUCUUUGUUUUAUCAGAUCAAAAGAGAAAGAGUUACCUCCCAAAAACAAGUGUUCUGUGCAGGUCAGCUGAUGGAAGACUUUCAGCUAAAAGAACAACUUAUCUGUCACGUGUGGAACUCGAAAUGUCUGUCGUUGAAACCACAGAGCCACUAUGGGUUCGUUUGAAUAUUAUGGUUAUGAUAUCAGCUCUUCUAUUCUGAACUCGUGACCCGGUGGUGAUUCUGUAUGUACAUAUUGGCACUCUGUAUCUCACCUCUGUACUCAACACUGUAGAGGAGCACUUUUACAUGCCACUUAAAACUGCCAUCUGGAUGCAUAUUAUCUAUGUGUGUAUGUGUGUGUGUGUGUGUGUGUGUGUGUGUGUGCGAGAGCACAUGCGCUCAGAUGUGAGUGUGAGUGUAUGCGCAAGAGACAGAGAGUUAUAUAGUAUAUAUAUGUGUGUGAGACAGAGAGCUAGUAUAUGUGACUGUACUGGGACCAGCAUUGAUGUGCUUUAUUCCCAUUCUCUUGUUCAAUGUUUAUAUUGUAAAUAGUAGUUUGGAGCUCAUGUUUUCUUUUUUUUCUUUUUUUUUUUAAUUGACUGAUUUAUUUUGUUUACAUUUUUGCACAGUGCUACAGUAUGUGUGAGGGCCAGGUCCCGGUUUUAAAUGUAAAUAUGAAUUUAUGAAGCAAUCAGUGGUUGUCAUAUUUCAUUCGUAGUGUUGUAGUAAACUGCAUGCACUAUACUAACCAACUACAUGGUGACAUUAUUUUAAAAAGCCAAAAGAAUAAAGAUCAUAUUUUUUGUA